AUGUCGAAGUUGAAACUCAUUGAAACUAUUAAGCAAUAAGAAAAACUAAUCUAGAAAUUGGAAACAUAAAUCAAAAGAAGUCACAGUCAUUUCUAAAGUCCUCAAGAUAGCAAGCAAUAAAAUACUCAAAGAAGUUCAAGUCGAAGCAUACACAACGCUAAGAAGCUGAAAGAAAAGGAUCAAACCAUUAACAUCCUUACUGAAAGACUUAAUAAAGCAUUUGAAAAUGAGAAUCAUAUCAAAUAUAAAAUUCAAAAGCAAAGAGUCAUGUUUAAGUGUCUCUAUAACGAUUUGCAAAAUGAAGUUGUUAAACUAAAAACUGAAGUGCUCCAAAUGAAAACGCCAUAAAGAUAAUCCAAAAAAUUACUUUACUAUUGA